AGCCACUGCAUGGCACGGCAUAGAAAAUCAGUCCAUCGUGACACUGACAUCUCCUCCUCCCCCAAAUCCUCAGGAAUGCAUCUGCCAUAUCCUUUCGUAGAGCCCUUCCUGUACCCAACUCAACCAAACGUUCUGCACUCCCCCCCCUCCCAACCCCAACACUACCCCCUCCUAAACCUCUCAUCCCCAUCCCGUGCACCUCUUACAACAGUCACCGGGUCGUUCACGCUGUUGACAUGGCACAUGAACAAGCAUGGCAUUCCGUUCGCUGGCGAUGAGUUUGUUCGAGGCAUUAUCGCCUCGUUCAGCCGUGACGGGCACAACACGAUCGUGCUCCUCCUCAAGCACAUUGCCUUCUGGCUCUGCGGG